AUGUCCUCGAAUGCUGAUAAUUGGGUGAAAGGCUACUGGGGAUCUUCAAUGAAGCAUGGAACCUUCUGGACCACUGACCAGGUGCACGGCGAACCAAAUUUCAUUGAAGGCGGCCAAGUCAAUGACUACGGAUUUGUUCAAAGCACAUAUCACAAGCGGCACUGUCUUGCAAACCUGCGAAUGAUGCUCGCUUGGCACAUUGCCGGAGAUGGCAGUAAGAUGACAAACGAUAUGAACGUGCAUGCUAUUCACUGCCUGGAGUACCUUCGAGAACGCGAGCAAUCCAACGCUGAUUUGAGGGAAGAGCCGAUUGAUACGAUUGAUUAUAAGGGCAUGGGUAUUCACUGA